CCGCGAACACCAAAUCCUCGAGUAUUGAUUUGUUUACAAGGAGCGAAUUGGGAGAUUUUCUGGUAUACACCGUAUACACGUUAUAGGUAGGUCCCACAACCUUGUCAAAACGAUCGAGAUAAUAUUCUGACUUAAUUACUUCUUUACGUGCCGACGUGUUUAUCAGUGAAUCGUGCCAGUUUAGCUUCGACCCGGGCGAAGUUUUGAGGGCCUUAAAAGCUUAAUUACCCGCCGAGCCGCUCCGCUCUAUCGAUUGCACAUCCCUGUCGUGUCCCUAUACGAUAAGUCUCGCUCGUAAUUCGAUAGGAAUCUAAAAAUGCGCGGCGAAUCCACCAUGCGUGCCAGUGGCUUCAAUGGAACCACUGAUCGGUUUAAUUUUUUUUCUUCGACGAAGAAUGUGAUUAUGAAUUAGAGUGUGCCUGAAAUAGCAACAGUCAUGUAUGGGAUGUUGAAUGUUGGAUGGUAUGAAGGAAACAAGGUGGAAUGGACAACGGUAAGCUGGAAAUGGUUCCCCCUGGGACUGUGCACUUGGACACAGUGAGAACUCUACAUCAGACCGUAGUCUCCUUGAGGACUGCCCUCGAAAUAUCCAAGAAUGAACUGAAGGAAUUGAAAGAAAAAUAUCAAGAACAUUCACGCUGUAUUGAGUACACUGAUAUUAUAGAAAAACUUGCUCUAGAAAAUCACAUUUUGAGACGUAGGAUAAUAGAUUCAGGUGUAGACAGAGAUCCUUCACAAAAUAUAAAUUUAGAAGUAUCUUAUACUCCAAAAACAGGUCAUACUGAUGAGUAUUGUGACAGUGAAGUGAUAAUUAAAACUGCAUCUACCGAAAAAGAAAGCACAUUUGAGGACGUACAAACACACGCCGAAGAGCCCACUAAAUCAGCUGAAAGAUUAGAAGAAAUUCUUGAAGAAUCCAAAUCAGAAUCAAUUGUAUCAGAGAAUUUAAAUUUUCCAAAUGCAACAAGUAGUCCAGUUCAAGAUAUUGAAGAAUCUGAACCUGUCAGUGAAGUAUCCAUUCCCAAAGAAGAUACGAACUUAAACGGUCCCAAUUUCAAAACGAAAUUAGAACUUCUAUCGAAGUUUGAUGUGAAAAUUAAAGUUAGGACUCUAAAAGAAGGCAGCAUUAUAUCAAGCACAACUUCGGACAGUGACUCUACUUUAGAGGAGAAAAAAGAGAAGGUAUUCGAGAGAUCUAGUGAAUCGAGAGGCAGUUUUCAGUUUGAAGAACAUAGAGAACAUUUUGAGAAUUUAAAGAAUCCCAAAGGCGAUACGAUAAAUUUGAAAUCAGCAGCGACUGAAAACGUAAAAAUGGCAGUACCUAAUGAGGCUGAGGUGAAAUCCAAAACUGAUAAGUUCGAUGUACAAGUGCGUAUAACAUCUGAAGAGAACCUCGUCAUCAAGGAAGCUGCUGAUAGAGCAAGACGGAAAGACACGCUUAAUUUGGAUGUGGACAAUUUGAGUCUUCGCUCGCUUUCCGACGGCGACAAUUCAGUGUUUUCCGAAGGCGGAACAACCCCAUUAGAGCACCGAGCGCCCGACGAGAAGCAAGAGCAGGAAAACGCUAGCGGCAACGAGUCUGAGGAAGUGGACGAUAUAGAACUCAUCUUCACGACGGAUGAAUCCAAGGAUAUGAGCAAUUUGCAGGAGGACCUCGUCUCAAUACGCGAAACAGAUCAAUGGGCACCAGCCUCCGCAUCCACUACUCAUUCAACACCCGUUCUAAUAAAGUUCCAUACCUUGGACCCCGAUUUCCAACCAGGAAAUGAAUUCCAUGACACCAAAAAGGAGAACCGAGAAAAUACUCGUAAGAUAUCUGAAACAUCUCUAAGAAUGAAAAGGGUGUCGCUACCAAACGAUAAGGAGAUCAGGCAUGUCGGUUUUUCUGAGAAAGGAAGUCUUGAUUUACCUGGACGGGGAAUUCUGAAGAGUUGUGAUAAUAAAUCUGAUAAUAUGUUGUAUAGGAAAAGCCCUAAUACUAGCACAAGAAGGUUGGACAGUGUUGAUAGUUUAACUGGAGAGUAUAAUAGGGGGUUGAGUUUCGACCAUAAAUCCUCAAGUUUUGAGCUCGGUUCAAGCUUAGAUGUUCUACAUAGAGAGGAAAGCGUGGACAGCUUUUAUAAUAAAACGAGGAUGGGUCACAGGUUUUCGGUGUUCGCUGAAACUGAUAUAUCGAAGUGCGGGAUCUCUGAGGACGAUCUUGCUAGUAAUUUGAAUGUGAGGCGGAAUACGUGCCCAAAUCCUUUCGCGUACAGGCCUCUAUCCCGCGGCGUGCCCCGUACUGCCAGUAAGGUGACCAGUCGCCCGCGCCCCGUCAUAUACCAGGGCUACGCGGCUCGUAGAGAGAGCGGUGCCCAGACUGAUGUGUCCGCUUUGCCUCCCAGGUGGACAUCCGAUGGUUAUCUUGCUUAUAAGAUGACGUCAACGCCGCCGUCAGUAGUGCCAACGUUACCGCAACGCGCGGCCGCCACGCGACGGCUAACCGUUCCAGACGCUCGACCGCCACCUCUACAGCGCCGGUCUGAUGAGGCUCGAAGAGUUCUGCUGAGUGAUAUAGGUUUCACAUCUAUGGUUCCCGAGUUAUCCCGCUCAGCAGAACCGUUGUGGACAUUGCGCCGUACGACGACGCCUGCGCCGCUGCCUGAGACACCUAACUCUCCAAUAUCACGGUAUCGUUAUCGUUCGCCGUGCCUCAGUGUAGACCGGAGUCACGACUGGAUACAACAAACCAAUGCACCAUCCAAUAAAGGAGUGCCAUGGCGAGGAUCGUUACCAGAUGUGCGUCGAGAUGACACUGAUGAGUUGUUGCGGGAGACCGAGGCUUUUCUACGUCGGUCUAUUGAUAAUCUACAGACAACUGAUUUUCAGGACAGUGGCAGUGAUCGGACAGGACAACCUUAUAUUCCUGCUGAAGCACGACAGUUACGUCUAGGACACGCGGUCAAACUUAUCACGCCACAAGGAAGACUUGCUGUGGGACGAGUCAGAUACGUUGGGCUAGCGGGUGGCACCGCCGCUAAGAGCGGUGUCAUGAUUGGCGCGGAGUUUUCCUUGACCCAAUACCCGGGGAUUCCCCGGAACGAUGGCACAUAUCAAGGAAGGAGGUACUUCCUUACCCCACCGCAGUAUACCGCAAUAUUCGUACCGUUUUCUAAAGUUGUGAUGGCAUGGGCAAAUUAAAACGAAUGAAAAAUAUGAUCUCUGAAAAAUCAGGCCGAAGGACCAGAAUUUGUAAUCAUGAAAAUUAUUUCAAAACAUGUAACACGUAUAUAAUCGAUGUUAUUUGUGUAUUAUGUAGACAUAUUACAAAGUUGUAUAUCUCAGUGUUUAAAGUGUAAAAUGACGAUAUAUCAUAUAAAUGGCCUAAAAACUAAAAAUGUCAAUGUGUUAAGUGACUUACGGCGAGUGAAUGGUAUUUGAUAACUAUGGAAUUGAUGAGGAACUGUAACCCAAUGUAAAUAUUAUCAAGUUAAAGCGUUUUCAUUUCAUACUAUCCAAUGUGAUCACUUCCGAUACUGACAAAACAACCAACAUCAGACUAGAGCAUUACCUCCUAGGUAGUUAGCCAACUUGUUCAUAGGUUUUUAUUAUAUUCAGUGGGGUUUACUCAGAUUUAAUAAAUAAUAUUAUUAUAUUUUCCUGGUUAAGACGUACAGGGAUUUGUAAAGGGUAAGGUUUCUGCAACUAUCAUUCAUAAAGUUUUUACUGGUUAGAAUUUGGAAGGUAGGUAUUGCCAGCGGAAUUGUUGGCAGAAGGAAACUAACCUAAUUAAAGAUGGUAUUUUUUGCAAGAUGAGUGUGUCUCGGUUUUGUAUUAAGGUCUGAUGACUUUAUACUGAUAGAUUGGGAAGUAUGAAAUCGCUUUAGAGUUUCUUCUAUAAACAAAAAUGGCGCUAAAGCAGAUUUACUAAAAGCACAUCUACUGCCUUGGUGUUAAAAUUUAUUUUUGAUAAAAACAUCAACCUGAUUCAGUUAUGUAGAAUUCGAUUGUAUUAAAAACAAACUUUUUAACAGUCUACGUGUAAGAUUUUUUAUAACUACCAAUUUACUCACUAAACCUAGAACUAUCAGAAGUUUUUUAUAAAAAUUAAAUCAUUAUAGCCGGAUUUCUAUCAAUUUAGAUGCUGUAAACUGAUAUUUUAUUUUAAUCAAUUUCAAGGUGAACACGAUACCUAAAUUUUUUGAUAAUAAAUAUGUAGGUACUAUAUCAAUUUUAAGUCUUGAAAAAAAUAUAAGAGUACUGCCUGCUAAAAUUUAUUAACAAUAUUUCCUAUCAGAUAGUUUGUUCAAAGUUGUAGACGCAUUUAGUGAAAAUCCGUCUUUACUGUUUACGUUAAGACAACUUCAAAAAAACAUUUUUGGUACAUCGCAAUAUAACUACGUAGUAUUCCUUUCAUAGAGAGAACUUUUUGUAGUUUAAAAGAAACAGUGGAGAAUAAAACUUUUUCUGUAGAAGAGACGUAAGCUGAGUGUUGUUGAUAGGAAUAUGCAGGCUAGUUAUAUGCAUAGAUGUGUGUAUCAACUUAUGCCUGGAAUGUUCUAUGAGGGUAGAUUUGAAUUUUUAAGAUUUUUUACAACAAAUCAACACAGCCCAAAUCCUAGCAAGCUGAAAUGGCAGUGAGAAAGCUUUUAAAAUUGGUUAGAGUUGUCAAAAAUAAUAUGAAAUUAUCAAAUUAUAUCUAAUGAAGGUAGUUUACUAAAAUCGAUAUUUGGCUCAUUCGGUGUCAUACGAUCUGUUGCUAAGAGGCCAACAAGAGUGAACUUGCAUAAACACGGGUGUUUUGGAGGUUUUUAAUUGAGUCUCCAUCUGAGAUUCGGAGCGAUAUUGAUAUUUUCGCUAUUUUAUAAAGAAAGAAAAGAAAUUGCUAGAAUUCAAAUCUACCUUCAUCUAAUCUUUUUCUCUUUUCCUUCAUAUUCGCUUAAAAUAUAAAGGUAAUAAGGGAAUUAAAGAUUAUUCGUGUAUCUAUUCUAGUCAAGUUUAUAUUUUUAAAACGUAAAAAUCUGUGCAAUUGUAUGUAAUUAUGUAUAUUAAAGUAACUGUAAAAAAAGUUAAUUAGGUGGUUUAAUAGUGGUUGCUCACUCCUUUUCUAAAUAAUUAUGGUGCUCUCUUUUAGUUAAUGUUUUAUACAUUUCGAUCUCUUUGUUAUUUUUGUUAAUCGAUUUAGAAUAUUUUAUCGGUAAGCUUUAAUCGACUAACUCAACAAAAUUUUUUGAUAAAAAUAUUUUUUUGUUUGAAAGGGUAUACUUUGCAGGUGGUCCCAUAUAAAUUUGAUGAACA